CAACAAGAUAUUAUCUUCAAGGAAAAUGACAGCCAUAGGAAAUCACACCAAAGAGAUUUAAAGCAGCUUACACUUUCUAGCCUUGCAAGACUUUUUCUACUACAUUGCCCUCUACCAAGCUCUGAAUAUUGUGAUGGACCCCCUCCUUCAGUACCUGUUUACUGUAGUCUGCAGCCUUGUUGCCCUCUGGAGUUGUAUUUACUUUUAUCAGUCAAAGAAUCCAAGCACUCAGAGGAACAGAACCUGCAGUGCACCUCAAGCUGGUGGUGCUUUGCCUAUCAUUGGUCACAUGCACUACUUCGGUGGCCAGCAACUCACCCACAAAAUACUAGGUGCCAUGGCUGACAAAUAUGGACCUGUUUUCGCCUUAAGGCUAGGAUCACACAAAGUCUUGGUUUUAAAUAGUUGGGAAGCGGCCAAAGAGUCUUUCACUGUCCAUGAUAAAGUUUUCUCCAGUAGACCGAGCUUUACUGCCUCAGAGCUUCUGGGCUAUAAUUAUGCUAUGUUCGGAUUGGCUCCUUAUGGGUCUUAUUGGCGUGAGAUGCGCAAAAUUGCUACAAUUGAGCUUCUUUCAACCCAUCGGAUUGAUAUGCUCAAGCAUAUUCGAGCUUCUGAGGUAAACACCGCAGUAAGAGACUUGUACAAAUCAUGGCUUAGCGAAGGUAGUGCAGAAAGUGGGGUAUUAGUGGAUAUGAAACAGUGGUUUGGAGACUUAACUGGUAAUAUUGCUCUGAGAAUGGUGGGAGGCAAGAGGUACUUUGGGCCAAAUGCUGAUUGUGAGGAAGCGGAAGCUCGAAGAUGUCGAAAGGUGAUGAGAGAAUUUUUUAAUCUAUUUGGGGUGUUUGUCUUGUCUGAUGCAAUACCAUUUCUUGGGUGGCUGGAUUUUCAAGGAUAUAAAAAAGCCAUGAGAAGAACUGCAAAAGAGCUGGACUUUGUUGUAGGAGGGUGGCUUGAAGAGCAUAAACAGAAGAGACAACUAGGUGGAGGGUCGAAAGAAGAGCAAGAUUUCAUGGAUGUUCUGCUGAACAUCCUGGAGAAUGCCAAGAUUACUGGUUUCGAUGCUGACACCAUCAACAAAGCGACUUGUUUGAAUCUAAUCCUAGCAGGAAGUGACACGACCAUGGUCACUCUCAUAUGGGCUCUAUCUUUGCUACUUAAAAAUCCUCGCGUGCUACAGAAGGCCCAAUGUGAGCUAGACAUGCACGUUGGCAACGAUAGACGAGUGGAAGAAUCUGACAUUACAAAGCUGGUCUACCUUCAAGCUAUUGUCAAGGAAACAUUGCGCUUAUACCCACCUGGUCCAAUUAUUUUCCGGGCUGCAAUGGAAGACUGCACCCUCUCAACAGGCUACCAUGUUCCAGCAGGUACACGAGUAAUGAUUAAUGCCUGGAAGAUUCAGCGUGACGAGCGUGUGUGGGCAGACCCCCAUGCUUUUCAGCCUGAGAGAUUUUUGACUAGUCAUAAGGAUAUGGAUUUUCGAGGCCAUACUUUUGAACUAAUCCCUUUUGGCUUUGGGAGAAGAUUAUGCCCUGCGGUCUCGCUAGCCAUCAAAAUGCUUCAUCUUACGUUAGCUACUUUCUUGCACAGUUUUGAAGUUGCUAAACCAUCGAACCUUGAAGAUGUAGAUAUGACAGAGAGCAUUGGCUUGACAAAUCUGAAAGCAAGGCCACUGGAAAUCCUAGUUAGCCCACGCCUUGAGUUUAAGCUCUAUGAUAUGGACACAGAAUUCGUGUAAUUCUAUAUCAGGAAAAGAAAGAGACAGAUGUGUACCAUCCUGCAAAAGCUGUUAGUUAUGGCUUUGUUUAUUGAAGCAUUGCUAUGUGAUUGUUGCUUUCCUA